AAGGAGCCACUCAAUCCUUUACAAGAAGAAAGGUUUCUCUCAAAUCUCACCCCUUUACACUUUAAUCCCAAAGAUCCUCUCUACAAAUCACUCUUGAAGGAAUCAACACACCCCCAAGAUCACUCACUAAUAGCACAAGAAGAGGAUUACAAACAAAGAUCUCUCAAAGAUCAAAAACUCAAGUUAAAGCACAAGUUGGUAGGUAAUUCAGAUCUAAGCCUUUUUAAUUACCAAAUCUUUACCAGUCAGAUGUACAAGAUUUAUCAUUUCAUAUAUACAGUCAUGACUAGCACUAAAUUCUGUACACAAAAUUUUCUAUGUCAAGCAUGGGUGACUAACGGCUUAGCUACAAAAACCUAAGUCCAAAAGUGCCUAGCCGUCUAGCUCGUCACUCCCCCGGGCUUCCCACGCGUCAGGUCUCACUACCUGAAAUGGUGGACAAGGAAAUCGUGAGAUAAAAUAUCUCAGUAAGUAAACAUGGGUGCCCGAAAUCAAAAUUUAAAGCAUGCCAAAUAAUCGGUUAAAACAUAAACAGAGCGUUUCAAUAACAAACCAUAAAUGCAAGGUAAAAUCACGUAGUGGUCUCCUCUAUUAGUCAUGGCCAGUGUUAUAAACCUCCCACUGGCAGGCUACAGAAAUUACUAGUGUAUAAUCCCCACUAUUUCCCAGUCCAAUCCAGAAUUUUGUUGUAGAAAUCGAAUUAAGUGUCCCUGCAGUAAAUGUAUGAACAAAGAAUGGAAUCGUCGUGUUACUGUGCAAUGUCAUUUGACAAAAUAGGGUUUUAUGAAUGGGUAUAUAGUUUGGCUUGCACACGGAGAGCAGCCACUACGAAGGCGACAACAUCAUCAGUUGGGGGAAUCCUCUAGUGCAACUCCAUUUGUGAUGGAAGAACAAUGUAAUGAUCCAAUUAGAGAUAUGGUUAUGGAUGCAAAUUUACACGGUAUGGAAUAUAAUAUGAAUGAACAAGCCAGUGAUGAGCCAAUCUUUGAGGAGGCAAUGGGAGAUGCAAAGGAAUUUUUUGAUCUUCUACAAGCUGCUGACAUGCCACUUUAUGAUGGAUGUGAUGAUGGUGAUACAAUACUAAAAAGAUGGAUGAAGCCAGAGGAUCGAGAUAGAAUUCCAAAAGAUUUUUACAGUACUAAAAAGAUGAUGAAGCGCUUCAGUCUGGGUUAUAAGAAGUAUGAUGUUUGUGUUAAUAACUGCUUCUUGUAUUAUGGUGAAUAUGAAAACAAAAACUACAUCGCCUGUCCAAUAUGCGGUGAACCUCGUUAUAAACAGGGACAUGUGCAACAAAAUCAACAUAUACCAAGGAAGUCAUUGUGGUAUCUCCCGAUUACACCUAGACUCAAAAGGUUGUACAUGUGUAGAAAAACUACUGAACACAUGAUAUGGCACUUGAAUUGUGGUGGUGUAUCUGAAAAGAUUAUGCAUCCUGCCGGUGUUGAGGCAUGGAAACACUUCGAUCGCACCUACCCCGACUUUGCAUCAGAUCUAAGGAAUGUCAGGCUUGGAUUGUGCACAGAUGGGUUCACUCCAUUUGGGCAUACAUCCGCCCCGUAUUCAUGUUGGCCUGUAUUUUUUACUGUCUACAACCUACCUCCAGCAAUGUGUAUGAAAUCGGAGUCCAUCUUUUUUUCUCUGAUAAUACAAGGUCCUCAAAGUCCUAGAAAAAACAUUGAUGUUUUGCUACGACCACUGAUUGAUGAAUUAAAGGAACUUUGGUAUAACAGGGUGAAGACAUAUGAUAGUUUUAGGCAUGAACAUUUCAUUAUGAGAGUAGCACUUAUGUGGACAAUUACUGACUUCCCUGGAUAUGAUAUGGAGAUUUGGCAAGUGAAGAUUGUAGAAACAAUAUGCCAACUUGAAAGAAUCUUCCUUCCUUCUUUUUUUGAUUCGAUGGAGCAUCUAGCAAUUCACCUUCCAUAUGAAGCCAAGGUGGGGGGACCAGUGCAAUUUCAUUGGAUGCAUCCAUUUGAGAGGGCAAAAAGUAUUAUUGAGAUGCCAAAUGAGCAAGAAGACCAACACGAUGAGCAAGAACCCAUUUUUCAAGAUGAUGACCCUCUACCUCCCCAACCAACUGAAACCGAUUUGAUAUUCUAUCAACCUAUUCAACAUACUGAUGGGACUAUAUCUGCCAUUAAUGUUGAAUUUGAGGAUGUGAAUGAUGACAGAGAAUUUGAGGAUGAGUAUGAGGAGGAAGAAUUUGAACAUUAUUCUACAUCUGAGGAAGAUAAUAUUGAAUACAUUUCUGAAAAGCAUAGGGAUCCAUCAUUUGUUGAUGUGAUCAGUGCCAAAAAAAUGCACCAUCCCAAGGAAAAGGAUAAAAUGCCAACGUAUAUUAAUGAGCAAGCUCAGCAGUAUACUGAAAGAUUAAAUGCAGAGGCUAGUCUAAAAUAUGGAGAGGAUAGCACUACAUGGCCAACAACAGUCGACGCCCAGCUUUUAUCCCAAGUUUCGGGUGGACCAUCAAAGGAUGGGCGAUUGUACGGCAUGCCUAUGUACAUGGACCCUGAAGAGCAAAGGGUGUCAUAUCGAAAGAGGGAUGCAAGGAGGGAUGCAGGGGGGGAUGCCAGGAGGAAUGUAGAAGGGGAUGCCAGGAGGGAUGCACGGAGGGAUGCCAAGGGGGAUGCAGGGAUGGAUGCAGGGAGGGAUGCCGGGAUGGAUGCAAAGAGAAGGAGGGGCUGGGACAAGUGGGGGAGCAUAAUAGGCGUUGCUCUCAGUUGAUCUUUGUAUCAAAACAUCUUGUUCUAUUAUAUAUUUUAGGUAUGUAUGAGAUUAAGGCAUUAAGAUUAAGUAAUUAGUAUGUUAGGUCAUAAAUUGUUUAAUUAUGG